AUGGCUAUGUAUAUGGACAAAACCCGUUCGAACUGGGGCUUCAGAUCCUGCGACGUCACCAGCAACAUCAACGCAUGGGUGAUGGAAGCCUUGGCACUUUCGCCCGCAGGCAUGCCGGCCAACUCAUUUUCCCUCAUUUUCGACGGCCAACCGACACCACAGCUGGCUACGCAGAUUUUCCAGUCGGUUGUUCAGCAGGAUGUCACCUGGCAGCUUGCCUGGGAAGAGUCCGUGAGGCGGAGUAUCCUCGCAAAGCCGCCACCGAUUCAUGGAGACGCAUCGACGACAUUGUAUAGCUAUUACACGUUUCAAUAUCUCCCCCGGGCCAUGAAAGACAUCGCCGACCAGAAAUCGGUGGUGCGAUGCAACUUCGACGUUGGAGAGCCAUCGAAUGUUGAAAAAAUGGUCCAGGACCAUAAGGACUGGGAUGAUGAGCAGUGGCACUGGGGCAAGUUUACUAAUCACGACCAGAAAGAAUGGGACACGGUGCCUCCCCUGCCAUCAUGGAGAUCAAUCUUGAUGGAGAAUCUCGUCCCAAUACCAGACGGACCGUACGUGCCUUACAGCGAUUCCGAUUACGAUGCCGGUACCGAUUCCGACUGGUAA